AUGGAAAGCGAAAUAUUUCAACGGCAAAUAAGUGCAAUGCAUGAAAUGAUCAGCAACAGAACCGGUAAUAGCAGCAAUAAUCGUUUUACUGCCACUCAGGUAACAUUUUUGUGUCAGGUAUGCAAUGAACUUGCUAGAGGUUAUCAUUUUGGAGCAUUUACCUGUGAGGGUUGCAAGUCAUUUUUUGGACGAACUUGUAAGCCAUCAAAAGGAACAACCAUUGAUGGAAGUAAUGAUAGCAAAAUGUUAAGUACAAAAAUGAAAUUAUUCUGCAAAAAUGGUGGAAAAUGCAAUGUACAGGGACGAAAUCGAACAUCAUGUAAACUUUGUCGUUUUAAUAAAUGUAUUGAAGUUGGAAUGGCACCACAAAAUUCACGUUACGGUCGUCGUUCAAAGUAUUUUAAAGUUUCAUCACUUCUAAAAGCUCAAGAAAGGGCUCGUUUUUGUGAUGAUUAUCAAUCGGCUAGCCUAUUAAGUUCAACAGCGCAAUUUGUCAAACCAAUUGCGCCUGCACCAGUUUGGGCCUUACCUAUUUGGCUAUCGACUAAUUUCAUCAACUCUCGUGAUAUCUUAGUGAUCAAUAAUGCUUGUAAUCAAAAAGAUUUAAAUAACUUUAUUCAAUCCUAUCCUCAAACUGAACCAUUAGAUUUAUCAAUCAAAAAAUGA